AUCACCUAUUCUUCAUUUACUCCAGCAGAGAGUGAAAAAGACCAUAUUUCUUCCUUGUACCAAAUGGCCCCCAGUGAAGAACAUCAAUACACUGGCAUUGUUCAGCUUCUUCUCUAUUUCCAGUGGAAGUGGGUUGGGAUAUUUGUCACAGCUGAUGAUAAAGGAGAAACGUUUGUGAAAAAGUUGACACACCAGCUUUCCCAGAAUGGCAUCUGUAUAGCUGUCACUGAGAGAAUCGUAACCCACAGGGGUUUUGAUAAUACUGGGUUGAUAGAGAAAAGUCAGAAUACGUCGGAGUACCUAAGCAAAACAAACGUCAAUGUAUUUGUUGUCAACGCAGACAAAAACACCAUGACAGGUUUGCAAUGGCUGCUACUGAUAGGUAGAAUGAUGAGUAUGAGUCCCAUAAACAAAGUGUGGGUUAUGACCGCCGACUGGGAUUUCUCAUGGGAACCAUACCCCAAAGAUCUGGAUGUACUAAACUUCCAUGGUGCCUUAUCCUUUGCGAUUCAUUCCAGUGAGGUCAAGGGGUUCCACCGUUUCCUCCUGAACCUAAAUCCCCACUCUGAGGCCGAUGGCUUUAUCAGGUUGUUCUGGCAACAGGCAUUUGGUUGCCAAUUUAUAGAUGUGGAGACGGAGGAGGAAUCCUGCACUGGUGAAGAGAAGCUGGAGAGCCUUCCUGGGGCUUUUUUUGAAAUGCAAAUGACCAGCCAAAGCUACAGCAUCUACAAUGCCGUCUAUGCUGUGGCACAUGCUUUACAUGCCAUGUUGGCACCCAGAACCAAACAGGGAGAGACGGUGCUUGGUAACUAUCUGAGACCUCAAAAUCAAUAUUUCCAG